AUGAAACCUCCCAAGCCUUUCCUGCCCUUUCCCCUACCCAUCCACGUCGGCACCGACAUAUGCCGCGUCUCGCGCAUCGCGUCGCUCCUCGCUCACCCGACGCGCGGGCGGCGCUUCGUCGAUCGGGUGCUCUCGCCCGAGGAGAGGAGUCUACCGCGCGUGCGACGAGCUCUGGGCGAGGGGUACCACGGGGAAGGGCCGUGGGGGCCCGAGGCUGCCGAGUUUAUGGCUGGACGGUUUGCGGCGAAAGAGGCAGCCUUCAAGGCGCAUCCAUUCCGAAGACUUACGUGGCACGAAAUCGCAAUACGUCCUGCCAACGAGGCAGAGGAAUCGGGGCCUACAAUUGCCGUCAUACGGGGCGAAAAGGCAGAUCAGGCGGCCAUGGUGUCUAUUAGCCAUGACGGUGACUACGCGACAGCAGUAUGUCUCGGCUUCGAUCCUUCAAAUUCAAAGUUGGACACGCCUUAA